AUGCUCUGUCUUAGCCCAGCGCUGCACAGUUGGUGGUCACGGGGAUACUUUGCCUUUCGGUACCUGGGCAUUACGCCAACAGAGGACGCCGGUGGUGGCACGGUGCGAGGCAUUGUGCAUAUCCAGCUUCAUUGGCUGCCCCGUCAGACGACAGCGAUGGCAGCUACAGCAACAAUGCCAACUACAACACCCACAACCACGCAGUACCCGAGACCAUGGGACGAUACGGUCAAGCAAGACAAAUACUGCGACUGGAUCCGAGAAUGGGAAUCGCGACCGCGAUUUGGGUCACCUGCCGACGCUAACAUGGACGCAGAUGGUGAUCCGAUCGUGGCUGUACCACACCCUGCCACCAGCCGCCUGUUGCAGACAGGUCAUGUUUUUACUGUGACACUGCCUAGCAUGGACGAAGCACAGAAAAUGGCCGCAAUGCUCGAGCUUCAGUGGGCCUGCUUGCAGAUUGCGAGCAUGUCUGGUGCGGCGGGUGAUGAUAACUUUCUUUACGAAGGCGACGACGAGUACGGGCGAGACGAGGACGAAGGACAGGGGCAGAUUUAUACGCCGACCAACUAG